CUUCAUACCCUUUUUCAUUUCUCCAUCUCAAAUCAACAAUUCCCUCUCCAUAUAUAUAUAGUGUAUGUGCACACACACAUACAUGAAUAAUUAAACCCCCAAGUACUCCAACAAGAACCAAAUCAAAACUUCCCAACGUUUUCCCCAGAAAAAUUUUCAAGUUCCAGCAAAAAUGUCGACCGGAAUCGGUAAAUCCAACAACAUCCGCCGCAUCGUGAGCAUCCGCCAGAUGCUGCAGCGGUGGAGGAAGAAGGCUCGAGUGACCGCGUCUUCUCGGCGCGCGGGUGAUGCUCCGUCGGAUGUUCCGGCGGGGCACGUGGCGAUCUGUGUAGGAAGCAGUUGUAGAAGGUUCGUGGUUCGGGCUACUUAUUUGAACCAUCCAAUCUUCCAGAAGCUCCUUUCGCAAGCGGAAGAGGAGUACGGAUUCAGGAACCAAGGUCCUCUUGCGAUUCCUUGUGAGGAGUCGGUUUUCGAGGAGGUUCUUCGGACCGUUUCCCGGUCUGAAUCGGGUCGGUUUUUGAAUCUUCAGGAUAUUCGUCGCCGCUGCCACGUCGACUCUCCGAGUGGUCUCCUCCGUGAGUCUCGGCCGUUGCUUUUUGAUUUCGCCGAUAAAUCGGUUUACUGUUAGUAAAAUGAAAGGGACGACUAACUGAAGAUUCCGACUCGGGCUGAUGAAUCGGCCGAGUUCAACUCAACUCAUUCGACUAACUUAUUAUUAUGAUUAUUACUAUUUUUUCCUUUUGAAAUUUGAUUUUUUUUUUAAUAUAUGAAAAGAGAGAAAUUAUCAUUAUUUGUUUCAAAACAAAUAAAGGAGAUGGGUUAACUCGGUCACCGGGUGGUGAGUCAGCCCUCAGCCCGAGUCGAACCGGAUAAAAGCUCAUUAAUUACUUCAUGUACAUUGUCAUGCCUUUUCUCACCGAUUACAAGAAUGAAGCUUACAUUUUUAAUCUUGUCUUUCGAA